UCGUCCACAUCGCAUGGAUGUAUGAGAUGGGAAUACAUCUCCCAGACGCCUGAGCGGCUCGUAUGUGUUUGUAUGAGCUGCUGUGAAGUGCUGCUCAUGUAAAUGUUUAAUUAAUCGGUCAUUUGAGGAGACGGGCAGCGUUAGCAUCUCGUUAGCUAAUGAUAUUGUUUUGAAUGCCGCCAUUGGACGACUGGACACUCGGCUAGGAAGCAGGGAGCAGAAAUGCGUACGUUGUUGGUGAACAUUUCUGAGUAGCUUGGCGAAAAUGUGACUUCAUAUGAUGCGUGGUGCGUUUUUAAGAAGGAAAGGUUUGACAUUCACUGUCAGUGUCGCCUCUUCUGAUGCACAGUGUUAGGAGUUGGUACAUUUUCUAGCAUCUAUGCUAAAGGCUGCCCCCCAUCAUCUACACACAGGCUAACCAAGUUACCCACCUGCCCUGGAAGGGAGUCUGGUUCUCUUAUUAUUAUAGGUUUAAUUUCCUCAUGGCAAAAGAAGAAUGUGUGUCACAGAGGAACAAAACAGGGGACUCCUCAUUACUGCGAAACAGGAAACAUAUUCCCACCUCAGAGAAGACCUUCCAGACCCCAUUCCCUUCUGCACCAAAGGGCAAAAGCAGCCAACCUGCUGGACACUCGUCAGAAGAUGACAGCCAGUCCUCCAAUGGCUCCUCAGCUCAGUUAUCUACCAGGAGGCACGAUGAGUCUCCGGUCAGAGUGCUGCUGGUGCUGGUGGUGGGACUGUCCUUCUCUACACGCCUCUACAAGAUAACAGAGCCUCCUCAUGUGUGCUGGGAUGAGACACACUUUGGGAAGAUGGGCAGCUACUACAUCAACAGGACCUUCUUUUUUGAUGUCCAUCCUCCUCUCGGAAAAAUGCUGAUCGGUCUGGCCGGUUACAUGACUGGCUACGAUGGCACCUUUCCUUUCUUAAAGCCUGGAGACAAAUAUGAACAGCACAACUACUGGGGGAUGAGAGGGUACAUCCUGUUAGACCCCAUCCUCCUGUUCUUCAUCAUGGCAGCAGUGCUGAGUAUGGUCAAGUUCAACCAGCAGAGGUACAGGCCCUUCUCUGCCUCCUGGUGGUUGUGGCUGGUACUGACCGGUGUCAGCCUGGCGGGGGCUUUGGGAGUGAAGUUUGUGGGUCUGUUUGUCAUCUUGCUGGUUGGGCUGAACACAGUCUGGGACCUCUGGAGACUUCUGGGAGACCUGAGCCUCUCACUGGUGGACUUUGCCAAGCACUUCCUGGCUCGAGUUGUCGGACUCAUCGUCCUUCCGCUCUUCCUCUAUGUUACAAUAUUUGCCGUGCACUUUGUUGUGUUGAACAAAAGUGGACCCGGAGACGGUUUCUUCAGUUCUGCCUUCCAGUCCCGCUUAAUGGGGAACAACCUCCACAACGCAUCCAUGCCUGAGUACCUGGCUUAUGGCUCCACCAUUACAGUGAAAAACCUCCGGAUUGCUGGAGGCUAUUUACACUCUCACUGGCACUUAUACCCAGAAGGAGUGGGAGCACGGCAGCAGCAGGUUACAGCCUACCUCCAUAAAGACUACAACAACUUAUGGCUGGUUCACAGACAAGAUGAUAACAACUCUCAAUCCGGGACGCCUGAUCUGGUUCGUCAUGGUGACGUCAUCCGAUUGGAGCAUAAAGAAACAACCCGUAACCUUCACAGUCACCUCCAUGAGGCUCCUGUGACCAAGAAACACUUCCAGGUUACAGGCUACGGCAUCAAUGGCUCGGGGGACACCAACGACCUGUGGCAGGUGGAGGUGUGUGGAGGUCGGAAAGGCGACCUGGUGAAAGUGCUGCGAAGCAAAGUUCGUUUUCUGCACCGAGCGACCGGAUGUGUGCUUUACUCCUCUGGAAAGACUCUCCCAAAGUGGGGCUGGGAGCAGGUCGAGGUGACCUGUAGUCCCUACUUGAAGGAGACUCCAAGCUCUCAGUGGAACAUCGAGGAUCAUAUCAAUCCCAAAUUGCCCAACAUUAGUCUCUCUGUGCUGAAGCCCCAUUUUCUGGAAAUCUUACUGGAGUCCCACAUUGUGAUGCUAAGAGGUAAUAGUGGCUUGAAACCCAAAGACAAUGAGAUGAACUCCAAGCCUUGGCACUGGCCCAUCAACUACCAGGGCCUGAGGUUUUCAGGAGUGAAUGAAACAGAAUAUCGUGUUUACCUGCUGGGAAACCCUGUGGUUUGGUGGAUGAAUCUGGCCAGUUUGGGUUUGUAUCUCAUCAUGGUGGCGGUGGCGUCCAUCACCAUCCAAAGAGGUUUCUCACUGGGCAUAAAAAGAAUAGAGCAAUCCCGUGUGCUCAUGAGAGGAGGAGGACUGCUGCUGCUUGGUUGGCUGCUUCACUACGCACCUUUCUACACAAUGGGCCGAGUCCUCUACUAUCAUCACUACUUCCCCGCAAUGCUCUUUAGCAGCAUGCUAACAGGAAUCACGUUGGACCUCCUGUUGAACAGUACUGACCUCCUACUCCAACCACCGUAUUGUGACUGGCUGCAGAGAGUCAUGCAGAUGCUAUUUCUGUUUAGUGUUCUUUACAGUUUCUACCUGUUCCAUCCACUGUCCUAUGGCAUGACGGGUCCUCUGGCACACGAGCCGGGCAGCGCCAUGGCGGGCCUGAAGUGGAUGGACUCCUGGGAGUUCUAGUCAGCUGAAGAUGACACUGAUGAUGUCAUGUAGAGCAACUGUUCUUAAUAUAAGGGACUUGAGAUGUGUGGACUUGAAGUGUUUGAACAAUUUCCACAAGGUACUGUCUCAGUGUUUGUGUGCCGGCGUUUUCACAUGUUGUAGUCUGUCAUGUAUAAAGAAUGCUUGAUAAGACAGGACCUGAAUCAAAGUGUUGUGAAGCGUACGAGAAAAAAAAAAAAAAAAGAAAGCUCUAGACUUUAACUAUCGCCGGGCUGCCUUAACUCACAACACAACUUCCUUCCUGGACUUAGUGUGUACUGUAUUUCACAAUAAUAAGCUAAAGUGCCUGAAAUGAACUGGAGAAAGAAAAUGUGGAGAAAUGCUGCAUGUCACUUAUUGUGAAUUAAAAAAACAAAAAUCUCUCAUGUAGUCACAAGCUAUCAGAGACGGUAUUUUCAUUAGCGAUUGUCCUGAUCCUAGUGAUGGUAUUUUAGUAUUGUACGUAGCCAUUAGUGCUGUCCGGUAAUGGCGUCCGUUUUUACACUACACAAUGGUUACUGACUCUGUGUUUACAUUUCAGUGUGAUCAAUAAACAAUAAUAUUCUUGUA